AUCGCUAAGCUCUGAGCUCGCUCCGCGCCAUCGACGGAUCGACCCAUCGACGACCAGGAGGAACGAAGAAGAAGAAGAGAUUCGGUAGUCGAUCAGAUCCCAUCGGCCAUGAGCCUCUUCGGUCUCGGAAGGAACCAACGGACUUUUAGACCAAAGAAGAGUGCUCCUUCAGGGAGUAAGGGAGCCCAACUCAGGAAACACAUUGAUGCAACAUUAGGCAGUGGGAACCUCAGGGAAGCAGUGAGGCUUCCACCUGGGGAGGAUUUUAAUGAGUGGCUUGCUGUCAACACUGUGGAUUUCUUCAAUCAAGUGAAUUUGCUUUAUGGCACUCUGACAGAAUUCUGUACAGCAGAGAAUUGUCCUACAAUGACUGCAGGGCCAAAGUACGAAUAUAGAUGGGCGGAUGGUGUGCAAAUAAAGAAACCUAUUGAAGUCUCAGCGCCAAAGUAUGUUGAGUACCUGAUGGAGUGGAUUGAAGUUCAGCUCGACGAUGAAUCUAUUUUCCCUCAAAAGCUCGGAACACCUUUUCCUGCGAACUUCAAAGACGUUGUGAAGACAAUAUUCAAGCGGUUGUUCCGUGUUUACGCACACAUUUAUCACUCUCAUUUCCAGAAGAUUGUGAGCCUCAAGGAAGAAGCACAUCUCAACACCUGCUUCAAGCAUUUCAUUCUUUUCACUUAUGAGUUUGGGUUGAUCGACAAGAAGGAACUCGCCCCGCUGCAGGAGCUGAUUGAGUCCAUCGUUCUAUAAGUUUGUUGCUAAUCUAAAGCACUUAAAUGAUCUUUCAGGUAAUCAAUCUUAUUUCACUACUAAGUUUCUCUCGAGUGGCUUGUAUGUUGAUGAUGCAUUGUUUAUUACACACAAUUAAUGAGUAAAUACUAAUAUGAUUUUGUGUGACCCA